UCCUAAUCCUGAAUUGCAGAAGUAUUAUAGACAUCAUAUCCGACAGAGCUAUAUCCAACACGCAGACGAAUCUGAUCCCGAACGAAUUAAUCACAUUAUUAAACAAGCUGUCAAAGAUUGGCAGUGGGUCCUAAAGAAGUACAAAAUAUGUGAUAAUGGAAGCGGCCAAUCACCAACAAAGUAGUUCAAUGGACAGUAGUUCCUCUCGUCCCGUUCCUCCUCCUCCCAUUAGUGAUAAUGAAGCAAUGGACGUUACUGACUCUGUGCUCCACGAAUUCUCUUUGAGUGGCCCGGUCGCAUCUGAAUUCGAAUUUUUCUACGCCCUCUCUGUCUUCACAACGAGGCCGCACAUUCUCAACAGAAACAUCAAAGGGGCCGAACUCGUUCUUGAGGCAGAGUUGGCAUCAGAAGGGCAACAGCCAAAAUUCUACACCAUGAAACACAACGAACUUUGCGAGGUUGACGACGUCCCCCAAGAUUUAAUAGAGGGGUUGAAAGAGCCAUAUUUAAAGUCCGUAAUUGACGAGUUGAGAGACUUGGGCGUGCAUAGGUUUACCUUGGAGAGACAUCUAAUUGGACACACCUUGAGGGAAUACGUAUGUCGAGAAAUUUGGGACCUGGAGGACUGCGUCGUCGUCAUCGAGAGUCAAGACUUAGUCCCGAACAAGGAACUCCCUCCCCUCCGAUUCGUCUGCUCUCUCGUUAAAGCUUCGGUGGACGACUAUGUGAUGAAGAUCGAGGUGCAUAACCGAAAUAGAGACACGUCGUCGUCUCGUUUGAUGCAACAGUCGAUAAAGUUCUACAAGGACAAAGUCAUCCCCAAAAUAAUCAAGUGGGCCUCCUCCAACAAUAGUUUCGGUCAGGAUGGCAAAUAUCCCAACACGGCGCCAGGUGUGCCGUCCACUUCGUUGAAAUACGUCCCAGUCAAAGUUUAUUAUGAGCAGUACAAAGGACUUAAAGAGGCUUACUUUACGAAAUUGCAGUCGUUAUGGACUGAGACGACGGACCCCGUAAAAUUCAUAUCUGAAGAGAUGGGGAUUGCGACCUAUAUCAAGACUUAUAUUUCUACCAACUCCUCCUCUCCAUCAUUCUCCUUCGUCGAUAUGGGGUGUGGCAACGGCGUCCUCACUUUCGCCUUGACCGCUUACGGUGCUACCGGCUUCGGAUUUGAUAUUCGGUCGAGAAAACUAUGGGACGUUUUUCCCCACGUUGGUGUCAUGACAGAUUUAAGGGUCCAAAGUUUCAACCCAUUCUGUGACGACAUCCCUCCUCGCGAAAACCAGUGGUUGAUCGGGAACCACGCCGACGAACUCACCCCCUGGAUAUCCGUUAUGGCCAGAAGAUUCAACACAGCGGGCUUUAUCGUCAUCCCCUGCUGCCUCUUCGAUUUCCACGGGAAAUUUCAGCGCAAAGCUAAAAACUCUUGCGAUGCGGACUCCCUGUACCAAAACUAUAUCCAUUAUAUUGCCCAAGUCGGAGAGAGAUGUGGCUACUCUAUCCGCAUUGAUAAAUUGAGAAUCCCAUCGACAAAACGCAUCUGCAUUAUUGGGACCACACUGGAGCCAGAUUGUCCAGAAAACAUAACCGCAUUGCAACUUGCAAGGGACUACGCGGUCUCCAAAGUCUCCGAAUUUCCUACCACAGACAACUCAAUCUCAGAUAUCAAAGUCUUCAAACCUCGAUCUCCGGUAGAAAAGAUCAACAAUUUGACCCAAGUCGACCGCACUGUCGUGAGGAGGAUUGUACAGCGGAUUUUCGACUCGUUACUCACUUCCGAAGAGGGGAUAAUUAGUCAUCCGACCUACGCGAAACCAUGGAAUGGAGGCAGGAGAGAUUUUACCCUGGCGGAAGCUGCCCUUCUUCUCACACGAGAGGAGAGGGACCUCAUCCAGAAUCAGGGAAAGGGGCUGCAAACCCUUAUGAAGAAUCACCACCAGAUUUUCCGCAUUAGGAAUGGUUGCGUCCACCUCCGACGACCGGUUAUCGAUGAUGUGACCAAGAAAGGCGCGGUAGUAGGAGGAAAGAACGUCAAGUCGUACGAGUGCUUCUAUAAUGCUAAUCAUCCUGAUGGGUGUCCCCUUGUGGACGAGGCAGUUAAUGGGGGGACUGAGUUGCAAGCCCGAGUAGUGCACACGGAAAUUUUUUCAAAUUUUGUACAUUGCAAAAUUUGGAAAAUUUAAAAAUUGAGUUCUUUGGGUAAGUUGGAAGAACAGCAAGAUGAGAUUUUUGUCAAGGUCUAUUAAAAUUCAUAAAUUUCUCAACUUGAAUGAAAUGCAUAAUUUACUUCUUGCUUUAUUACGCAGCUCGUGGACGACGAUGUCAUUUAAUUCAUAUAUAUUUAUUGUCGCUGUUUGUUAGUCAGUUUAGAGAACGUUCAAUAAAAAUGUUUAAAUAAUGAAAGCAUAAA